UAGCGGUACUGUGCGGGUUGUGCGCAGGCAGAGACAGUGAGCGAUGGGUGCGUGACGGAGGGCGGGGGGUUGCUUGCGUUAGAGCAGCUUUCAGCAGGAACUGACUGACCUUUUCUUUACUAUACUAUGUAUCAGAGGUGUAGGACUGGACUGGGUGCACUGUUCAGCAACCCCACAGUCAUUGAUGCGAGAAUACUACGAGAUCGGACAUAAAAGCGGACACAUGUGGCCGGGUUGCAGAAUAACUACCGCUGGAUCCAUGCGGACCUCGUUAUUUUCAAUUUAAAGAUCUCAAAGAAGCGGCUCGGUCGAUACCUGGUCUACAGGUAGUUCAGCUCUAAGGGGAGACAGCUGACAGCUACUCUCCGGUGUCUAUACCAUUAGCCCUGCUCCUAACUUGCUCAAGAAGGCAUACAGAUGCUCUCCGCCCAGACAGAUGCGACGCCCAAGGGCUGCGCCGGCUGCAGCCGCAGGAUCAGAGACCGCUACCUGCUGAAGGCCCUUGACAAGUACUGGCACGAGGACUGCCUGAAGUGCGCCUGCUGCGACUGCCGGCUGGGCGAGGUGGGAUCCACCCUCUACACCAAGGCCAACCUCAUCUUGUGCCGGCGGGAUUACCUGCGGUUGUUCGGCGUGACAGGAAACUGCGCCGCCUGCAGCAAGCUCAUCCCUGCCUUCGAGAUGGUCAUGAGGGCCAAGGACAAUGUGUACCACCUAGACUGCUUCGCCUGCCAGCUGUGCAAUCAGAGGUUCUGUGUGGGUGACAAAUUCUUCCUGAAGAACAACAUGAUCCUGUGCCAGACGGACUACGAGGAGGGCCUGGUGAAGGAAGGCUAUGCGGCCCAGGUUCGCUGAAGCCCCCCCGGAGGGAGGCGAGAGAGACCGGCCUCUGAAGGAACCUGCAGUCUCACACUAAAAGCACCCACUGCUAAACCGGGCUCACCUUCCUAUAUGUAUAUAACAACCCCCUUCCCACCCCCUGCAAAGUGUGCUCUCAGAUGGAGACCUCAGUGAAACAGCAGUGGAGAGGAGCAGGAUUUUCAUGACGGACCUCUUUUGUUUCUGAGCUAUUCCUACAAGCACAUCCAGUAUAAAGACUUCCCUAGAUACUGGGGGACCAGCGAAGAUCUCAGACUUGAGUGGGUGGAUCCAUUGGUGGAUCAAAGAACAAAAGCAACCUUAAAAUCUCAGGUUGAACUGGGUUCCUCUAAUGGGAGAAGAGCAUCCCCGGUCCACAAGAUUUUGUCAUUCCUGUUCCGAAGUAUGUAAUUAACUGAACUGAAUCUGGCCAGGUUGAAGCAAGGACCAACCUUGUGAACAUUUCUCCAAACCCACUCCAGAAAGUUGAAGAACAAGUGUCGUUUUUUUUUUUUUAUUUUUAUUG